CAGGAGGAAGACGCUUGUGACUGGUAGCCGGGAUCCAACCUUCAAAAGCCGGCUCUUUCUUUUUGCUGCUUCCCUUAUUUUCUUUUUAAAAACACGGGAUCUAUGGCGACCAAAGGGAUGAACCUCUGCCAUGUGUGCUGCCUGCUCCUCUACGUGGUGACGGCGGUGCUGGCGGGGCGAGAUUUCUAUAAGAUCCUGGGGGUGAGCAAGACUGCAUCAAUCAGGGACAUCAAGAAGGCCUACAGAAAGCUGGCUCUGCAGUUACACCCCGACAGAAAUCAAGACGACCCGAAAGCUCAGGACAAAUUUGCAGACUUAGGAGCAGCUUAUGAGGUGCUCUCAGACGAGGAGAAAAGGAAACAGUAUGACGCGUACGGAGAAGACGGACUUAAAGAAGGUCACCACAGCUCUCACAACGACAUCUUCUCCAGCUUCUUUGGAGAUUUUGGCUUCAUGUUUGGAGGAAACCGACAGCAGCAGGACAGGAACAUCCCCAGAGGAAAUGACAUCAUACUAGACCUGGAGGUCACACUUGAAGAGGUGUACUCUGGGAAUUUUGUGGAGGUUAUACGUAACAAGCCUGUGGCUAAGGAAGCUCCUGGCAAGAGGAAGUGUAACUGCAGACAGGAGAUGAGGACGACGCAGCUCGGACCGGGACGCUUCCAGAUGACGCAGGAGAUGGUGUGUGAUGAGUGUCCCAAUGUCAAGCUGGUUAAUGAAGAGAGAACCUUGGAGGUAGAAAUUGAACAGGGAGUGAGAGAUGAGAUGGAGUACCCCUUCAUUGGAGAAGGGGAGCCUCACAUCGACGGAGAACCUGGAGAUUUACGCUUCCGCAUCAAAGUGCUGAAACAUCCUGUGUUUGAGCGCAGAGGAGACGACCUGUACACUAACGUCACCAUCUCCCUGGUGGAGGCUCUGGUGGGCUUUGAGAUGGACAUCGUACAUUUGGAUGGACACAAGGUCCAUAUAGUGAGAGAUAAGAUCACCAAGCCCGGUGCUCGCAUGUGGAAGAAAGGAGAAGGUCUGCCCAACUUUGACAACAUCAACAUCCGAGGUUCCCUCAUCAUCACCUUCGACGUGGAGUUUCCUCAGACGCAGCUCGACGAUCAGCAGAAAGAUGGUAUUCGGAGUCUUCUGAAGCAGGGCUCUGUACAGAAGGUUUAUAAUGGACUACAAGGAUACUAACACAGCAACAGACAGCCUGGACUGAGUUAUCUGUCACACACACACACACACACACACACACACAGAUCCUUCAAUCAACAGGACCGUGCUCCAUAAUUCUGGCCAGGGUGUAUUUAUUAUUUUCAGAUUGUUCUCAGGACGGCUUGAACCCAAUUUGUUUUUAAUGUUCUACAUUUUGACAGCAGUGGCACAAUUACAGAUGUUUUAUUUGAAGUGUAUAAAAGGAAAGGACGUCUUUGUUAUACCUUUUUUUGUUUUUUUUUGGCCCCACAUGAUAUUGUAAUACGUCCUUUUUUUUGGUUUUAUUUUAAAAAAAGAGAAUUGACUUAUUUCUAUCUGAAGUUAAACAAACACUGUCGACUAAUAACGUGUCCACCUGUCUACGCACUUCAUCUGCUGAAGGACCAGCUGCUGACAAACAUCUGGAGAAGAAGAAGAAGAAAAUCCAACUUUUGAACAACUUUCAACCUGUGCGAGACAUUUUAAGAAAAAAAAAAAGUAAAAGUAGUUUUAUGAAUGUAACAUCUGAUGAAAAAAAAGAAAUUCUGUUCUGGUCAGACUUGUGUAAAUAGGGAAGAACAAAGCUCAUCUGUUUGUUGUGUUUUAGUUUUCCUAAUUUAUGUUUAUGCCUCCGUUUACAACAAAACUGUCCACAUUGCACAACCCCCAGGUUCACAAGAGUUGACCUCUUCAGUGUAUCAGUAAACUUUUAGGAUUUUUUUUUUUGGAGGGGCUUGCACAUGCUCCAGCACCACUCUAAGAAAGAUUUGUUUCUCACCCCUGUGACACUCUCCAUGUCUGGGCUGAACACCUGGAACUCAAGGAGCCCUCAGACCGCCGGGUGUUGCUGCUCCUGACUGUCGACAGUUUGGUUUAUAAAACGCGGUUUUAGGAUUUCUCUCCUCUCUGUUUUUACUGUUGACUGCAGCGCUGCCUCCCGAUGUCACCAGAGUGUCAAGGCCUUAAGGUGACGAUGUACUUUUGACUGAUAUAAAUAAAGAUUUCUACAAAUUCUGA